GUGAGUUAAAUUUGUUCAUGGAAGGAUCCAGCACACCCCAGAGUCAACAAAAGAUGAGUUACAGGAGAUCCCAGUUGAGAGUGUCUGUAAUGAAAAGGACUCAUUUGGACCUUCCCCCUUCAGCAGUGAUGAACUAUGGUGAACUAAAUGUUCUGGAUGACAUUUUGACCGAUGCUCCUGACCAAGAUGAUGAGUUGUAUAACCCUGACAGUGAGCAAGAUAAAAGCGAGAAAAAGGGAUCAAAAAGGAAAACUGACAGGAUGGAAAGCGCUGAAAGCAAGAGACAAAAACCUUCUGUGCAUUCAUCAAGGCAGAUGAUGCCAAAGCCUCCUAGUUCAUCAGUUAGCAAUAACAAGAGAAUAGUGAGUACGAAAGGAAAACCAGUAUCAGAGUACAAGAACGAGGAGUACCAGAGGUCUGACAGAAACAAGCGCCCAGAUGCUGAUCGAAAGAUGCGCAUGUCGAGCAGCUCCAGGGAACCUUACAAAGGACAACCAGAAAAAACUUGCAUGAGGAAGAGGGAUAUUGACAGAAGGGCGAAGUCUUCUACACCAGAUGGUUCAGAGAGAAUCAGGCAUGAUGUGGAUAGAAGACCAAGCAGAUCCAGCCAUUCUUCUAAAGAAGAGGUGAACUCUGAGGAAUAUUGUUCAGAUCAUGAGACUGGCAGUAGUGGUUCCUCUGAACAAGGCAAUACAGAGAAUGAGGAGGAGGGAAUGGAAGAGGAGGAAGAUGAUGAAGGGGAGGAGGACGAAGAAGUGGAGGAAGAUGGGGAGGAGGAUGAAGAAGAGUAUGAACAGGAUGAGAGAGAUCAGAAGGAAGGAAAUGACUAUGACACACGAAGUGAAGCCAGCGAUUCUGAGUCUGAAUCCGCCUCUUUCACAGAUGGGUCAGUCAGAUCUGGGUCUGGUUCAGAUGCAUCAG